CUCAUGGACCUGGCCUUGCAACGCUUGGAAGUAAUAAUUGCAUUAAGAAACGCACCAGAUGCGCCAAUAUCAGACAAAAAGCGUAACAACCGGCUUCGAUUGGACUCCCCCGCAUCCGCCUCUGCGUCAUCGACAACAUCGCAAAUACCACAUGGACGAGUUGCUUCUGGUGCUGGCCCAACUGCAUUGGCUAGUGUAGGAGGUGCCUCUGGCUUUACAGGGACAGGAAAGAACAAGAAAGGCCACCCGCCAAGUGGAUUGGGAGGGCUCGAAGUUGGCCGAAAAGUUGCAUAUCAUCAACCCGCGGGGAUAGACCCUGCCACCGGUGAGGGAAGAGAUAGUCAAUGGAUCCUUGUGAAAUUCAAACGGCAACUUAAUGCAAAGCUGCAUGAAGUUGAAGAUGCUGAUGAUGAAGGAGCCCUUUACCAAGCUAGUUCGGAUUCUCUGGUCGUGCUCCCCGAUCCCAACUUUCCCAAUUUAUUUCCAGAGUACUCUCCGGGUACGAGGAUAUAUGGAUUAUAUCCUGAAACAACGUCUUUCUAUCGUGCAACUAUUCUCGAGGGUCCCAGGCGCUUUCCAGCCGCGGGUGGGGCUAGGGUGAGCAUUACCAUGACAAAGGCGGAUCUCAAGCCACAAAAAGUGGAAGAGAUUGGCCGCUGGCUUCUCUUCUCGCUUAUUGUGGUCCUUCCUUCGUUAUAUUCAAUUUCCUCUGAAUUGUCGUUCCACGUUGCUGAACCGUUCCCUCCCUUUUCUGUAGACGGUUGCACCAGCAAAAGCAGACCGCAUGUACAAAGUCCGAUUCGAUGACGAUACAGCGCCCAGUUGCAUCAUACCUGCAUUCCUAGUAA